UAUUGUAGAAAAGAGGACAAAAUGGGAUAAAAAGCUUAAAGAGAAAAACGAGGGGCAAAAGGAUUUCUCCCUGAAUCCAUAUUUUCAUAUUUCCUUCCAAAAUUAUUAAAUAUUAAUUCUAUAAAUACAAAAAAAGAAGUGCGUAUACAGGUGCACGCACCAGACACCCUUUCUCUACUUGUUACGCCUCGGCAGCCUUUUAUGCUCUCUGUAACUGCAACUGCAACUGCUUUUCAGGUGAUUGUUUUUUAUGCACUGGGCAAGAGAGAGAGAAAUUUUGGUAUGCGAAAGAUUGAUCAGAUAAGCGAUAAAGGAAAGAAAUGGGGAGGAUUUUUGUGAUCAGUCUUGAAGGAAGUUUCUAUAGCUGCAAGCACUGCCGGACCCAUCUUGGUUUAUCCAAGGAUAUCCUAUCCAAGUCCUUCCAAUGCAGGCAUGGCAAAGCUUAUCUCUUUGAUAAGGUUGUCAAUAUAACAGUUGGAGAACAAGAAGAGCGGAUGAUGAUGACUGGAAUGCACACUGUUGUUGAUAUAUUCUGCGUUGGUUGCGGCUCACGUCUUGGUUGGAAAUAUGAGUCUGCAUAUGAGAAGUCCCAGCAGUACAAGAAGGGAAAAUUUAUACUUGAGAGGUUUCAGGUGCUGGGUCCCGAUGGAAGUCAAUACAUGGUCCGUCACGAAGUUGAGGUUGAGAGUAGCGAUGCUGAGGAUGCUUGA